CACUUAUAAAUUACAAUUUCGCAAUGCAAUAUCCUGCUAGUCAGAAUUCAGCAUUCAAAUUUGAAUCACAAUUAAAUAAUAAAUUAAUCCAAUAUACUAUAGACAAGCAAGAAAGGACGUAUGGAAAAUCACUACUAUCAGAAAUUAAUACUAUACAAAAUUAUAUAUAUGCGUACUACAAUGAAAUCAUAGAUUUUAAGCCUGAACUUACCCCGAAAAGUCCAAGAGAAUUUUGUGAAGAACAUUUAAAAACAUUGGAGAAAUACUCAAAAGGCGUUUAUAAAAUGACUGUUGAUAAUUGUACAGAUGAUGGAUAUGGUAAUGUCAUAAUAUCAUAUAACAUAUAUCUUAAAAAGUUAGAGCGUAAGAUUAAAGAAGCUGAAACAAAAAGGAUACCUUUGAAAAAAAUUAUUAAAGAUAACAAGGAAUUGAGCUCUUUGAUAGAAGAUACCGAGGAAUCGAACUCUUCAAUAAUUAUUGAAGAUAGCAAGGAAUUGAACUCUUUGAUAGCACCAGAUGAGAAAAAUAAGAAUCGCGAUCAAAAUAAAUACCACUAUUAUCUAUUGAAAUUUAUUAAUACUAAUUUAACUACUUAUGAUUAUUCGUCAGUUCUGCACCAACUCGGCUUAAAUACUUUAGCUCUUAUAUAUUCUGCAGAAUUAUUAACUCGAAUUAAUUUCAAAGUACCAUUCUUAAUUACACGUCACACUUAUCCAUUUUCCAUGCCAAUAUCUAACACCAAGUGCUCAAAAAGCAAUCAGUACACCGAAUAA